AUGCUAGAAGCCAGAGUCAAACAAGCAGCAGUGUUGAAAAAGCUCUUAGAUGCUAUCAAAGAAUUGGUCACAGAUGGUAACCUCGAUUGUACCGAUGAGGGUAUCGCCCUUCAAGCGAUGGACAACUCCCACGUAGCGUUGGUAUCCCUCAAACUCGUCGCUGAGCAAUUCGAAUCUUAUCGAUGUGAUCGAAAUAUGCCAUUGGGUGUUAACCUCACCUCCCUCACUAAAAUCCUCAAAUGUGCCAAAGAUCAAGACGUCGUGACUCUCAAAGCACCUGAUGAUGCCGAUUCGCUUGGUUUGGUAUUCGAAUCGCCAAAGGAAGAUCGAGUAGGUGAAUACGAAAUGAAACUUAUGGACAUCGACCAAGAACACUUGGGUAUACCCGACACGCAGUACGACGCGACCAUCACCAUGUCUUCUUCAGAGUUCCAACGGAUCUGUCGAGAUUUAGCUGCUUUGGGUGAAUCAGUCAAAAUCGAAGCUUCAAAGGAAGGUGUCAGGUUCAGUUCAGAAGGUGAAGUUGGAAAUGGUAGUGUUUUACUCAAACAAUCUGCCGGUACCGAUCGAUCUGGCGGAUCUUCAUCCAAGAAGGCAGUCAAGAGAGAUCCAGAUGAAGAGGAUGAAGAGGAGAUUGAAGAGGAUGAGAAACCUGAGAUUGACGAUGAAGAAGGUGAGGACGAACAAGAUGAUGAAGAUCGAUCUAAAAAGAGAAAAUCCAACGGUAAAUCAAAGACCGCCAAAAAAGCCAAAAAGGACGAAUCGACAUCUGAAGAUAUCGGAGUAUCCAUCAUCCUCGAGAAACAAGUUUCUUUAACGUUCUCCUUGAAAUACCUAACGAAUUUCGCCAAAUCCGCACCAUUGGCUAGAGAAGUCAGUUUACACAUGUCAAACGAUGUGCCGCUCUUGGUUCAGUUCGAUUUCGAACAAGGGACUUUACAGUUCUUCUUGGCCCCCAAGGUGGGUUUGAGCUCUUUAAGAGAUACCGAUAUAUGA